AUGUUGAUUCAAGUAUGCAGUGACCAGUAUACAUCGGUGAGCACGGGCGUUGUCCUCCUGAAAAACAAAAUGGUGUUCAUCCUGACGUGCAAAAGAUACAACGAUCGGUGCAAGGAUGUUGUAGCGGUGGUACUGCCCAGUGACCCUCCAAUAAACAAUAUGCAGCUGGGUUCUGGCAGUCAUAGUGAUGCCACCUCACACCAUAACAGACCCAUGAGGACGAACGUUGUCGUCGAUUAUGGAAGUCUAGAAUCGCGAUGUGCUUACGGCCUUUUGUUGAUGUCGGUAUACUGGAUCACAGAGGCACUGCCACUGGCAGUUACCGCCAUGUUACCGAUAUUGGUGUUUCCCGUACUUGGUGUGGCACCUUCAAAGGCCUUGUCGAAGCAUUACAUGAAGGAUAUACACUUCUUAUUGAUUGGAGGACUAAUCGUAGCUAUUGCCAUUGAAAAAUGUAAUAUACACAAACGAUUUGCCCUUAGGCUCCUGAUGCUUUUUGGAGUGAGCCCUAAAAGAUUUCUGUUCGCCUUCGUGCUAGGGACGGCAUUUAUGUCCAUGUGGAUCAGCAACACUGCGGCUACCACCAUGAUGCUCCCGAUAGCGAGGAGCUUGUUGGAUCGACUCUUCACGAUAGAACGACACGUGAAAAGCACACAGAAUAACGAAAGUGAAGCACUCGUGAUGCAAACGAGCCCUACCAACGACGUGUCUCCUCUUGACAAUAAAAGGAAUUCUGGUGCCACAGAUAUUGAACUUCAAGCAGACGUCAGCUACUCUUGUGAUGAUGUUACCACGACCACCAAAAGUAAAAGUGACGAAGAAUCUACAAGACUUGAUACUCCAGCGGACUUUUCCAAACUGGAUGAACGAUCAAAGAAAUUAGCCAAGGCGUUAUCGUUGUGCAUUUGCUACGGAGCUAACUGUGGUGGCAUUGCGACUUUAACGGGGACGCCAACAAAUCUAAUCACCAAAGCAUACGCAGACAAUCUAGUAGAUGGAAAUUCUGGGCUUACAUUCCUGUCCUGGAUGGUGUUUUGCUUUCCGGUGUCUGUUGUCGCUUUGGUAUUCGUGUGGCUUUGGUUGCAGCUCGUUUAUCUGGGACCCAGAGAAACAUUUUGCUGUGGUCAACAAAACGACAAUCGACUGAGAGCUAAUGAAGAAAUCACUAAACUAAUUCGAAUGGAACACAAAAAAUUGGGUUCUAUGAGUUUUGCAGAAUAUGUUGUCCUUGUGCAUCUGAUCCUGAUGGUUCUGCUUUGGUUCACGAGGAAUCCAGGAUUUAUUCCGGGAUAUGCAGAUCUGUUCCCUAAAGGGUACAUCUCCGAUGCUGUUCCGUCCGUUCUAGGCGCUAUAAGUCUCUUUAUAUUCCCCAUCAGAUGGCCUGCUUAUUUAAGUUUUAGAAACAGGGGGCCAAACUCGCCAGUUCCCUGCGAGACACCAAGUAUCAUCCAGUGGUCCGACGUGAGUUCGAAUCUACCCUGGGGCAUCAUCAUGUUGCUAGGAGGAGGCUUUGCACUAGCAGAAGCCUGUCAGAUUUCUGGCUUGUCUGAAGUUAUUGCUGACAAACUAUCCAUAAUACAAACACUGGGACCUCAAGUUGCUUGCCUCGUUGUGGUGACCAUGACGUGCAUCCUUACGGAAGUGACGUCAAAUACCGUGCUUGUCACGAUCUUCAUGCCAAUCUUAGCUCAGCUGGCCACCUCGAUGAGAAUCCACCCUCUUUACUUCAUGUUGCCGGCCGGUGUGUCCGCAUCCUUCGCUUUCAUGCUACCUGUCGCAACGCCGCCAAAUGCCGUCGUAUUUUCGUAUGGCGAUAUCAAAGUGAUGGAUAUGGUGAGCGGCUUACAUUAUUAA